CUCGACGUCAACACGGAGCGCUCAUUCCAUGACUAGAUAUAUUACACACAGGAUACUAAUCAGAAGUUUAGCGUCAGAAUUGUAGUGGCAUUCUGCCCAGUACCACUACCCCAUAUAAGAUCCAGCCCUUCCUCACCCCGACCACUCCCGACCUUUUCCCACUCUCCUGCGCAAUUGCGACGAUCGUCGUAACAACAACGUGUGUUGCGCCUGAUCGAAUGUGAAAUAGGUGGAGUCAAUCUUGAUUUUGUGAACUACAUGGGUUUAGUCAGCGACGGAUCAAUCUCCUUCCAGUCAAUCAUAUCUACCUAGUACCUAGGGAGGUACCUGGGCAUCCUUCUUCCUUCCCCUGACGCUUCCCCUUUUCUUCCACUCCUUGCUUAUCUCAGUGCUGCCCAAAAAGCGACACCAGCUUCCACCGCAGUGAUGGUCGAAAACGAGAACCAUGAGCCGAUCGUGUCGCAUGGUCGUGGAGGCCAGGGGAAUAUCGGUGCUGAUCCAACCCCAUACGUCGAUGCGGGUAUAGUUCGCGAAGGUGUAUACGGCGACCAAGGCGACGGCGCGUACUCGGCGGGUCGCGGUGGAGCCGGCAAUAUCGGCUCUCCCAACGUGCGACCAACGUCUACCGUCCCCCAUGAUACCCAGGUCGUUCCAGAACUGGCGGUUCGCAAAUCAGUCGAAGGUGACUACCACGUUGGGCGCGGCGGCCAAGGAAACGUGCACUUGGACGAGCAGAGUCGCAAAGAAAAAGAGGAGAAGAAGCAUCAGAAGACCCUUUCUUAUGCAGGGCUUGCGGAUAAAUUGAAGCAGAAGCUGUUUGGGAAAUGAGACUCUUGUUUGGUUAGUUGGUUCGAUGUGAUGUGGUGGUAGCUAUCUCUUUUGUUUUAUGUUAUUUACCUUUUUGUCACUUGUUUGCUACUUUCUGUGAUUCCCACUGGCUAUGAUGGAUCUGUUUGUGGUUCUUUUGUUUGGUCUAGAAACAGAUGUCCCAAUAUGUGCAAGCAUUAUGUCUACGUCCUAGUAUGUCUAGUAUGUUUGAUACACUACGUACCACUUUCAAUCAGGAAGAUGCACAGCUCUACACAAUGGACAGGAAACAAGGUGUCA